CCUGCACGCAGCCCUGAGCUCAUCUUCCAAAGCUGCUACAGAGCCUCUCUAGAUCCUUCCACGAUGAACAGCUCCCUCUUUUUCCUCCUUAACAUGGGUCUCCUGGUUACAGCUCAGCUAUACACAGGAGCCUUGGGAAACCAGACCACGGCCUUCUUCACCAACCCCUCCCCCCGCACCACCACCACCACCACCACCACUAGCGUUGACAUCACCACCACCACUACCAUGUCCACAAAAAUGAACAAGAAUGGGGCCCCAGCUCUCAGCAACAUGAGUGGUGGCACUUUCCUUUUCUUCCUGGCCAACACCCUAAUCCAUCUCUUCUACUUCAGCUGAAGUGACCGUGUCACCUCCAGCUCUGUGCCCUUGAAAUAGCUGCCACCAUCAGUAGCCAGAGACCUGGUCUCCUACAAUCCUUGGAAGGGGUUGACUCUAGAGAUGGCAAGAGGUGGAAAUUGACAGGUGCUGUUGUGGGUACAAUGGCCAAAAGGUGGAGGCACUGAUGGCAAGGGACAAAAAAAAAAAUCUACCACUUAGCUGGGGGUGGGCAAUAAAGUUGUACUUGUGCUUA